AUGGAUCUUGCCUAUGAUCAAAUUGCCGCCGAUGCCCUGCCCAAGGACAAUGAGCAGGGAUCCAACGCCGACAAGGGCGAGCAGAAGCAGCAGCCAACGCUGAAUGAGGAGGUCCAGGAGGCUUACAAGGCCAUUUCAACAAGUGCUUGGGGCACCAAGCUGGGUGGAUUCUUUGGGAACGUUGUCAAGCAGGGUGAAUCCGUAUACCGAGAGGCUUCCCAGGAGCUCACUUCCUUGGGUGCCGAUGCCGCCCGUGCAGGCACGUCCCUGAUCAACCGUACUCGAUCUCUUUCGCUCGCCAACACCCCUCAGGCGGCUGGGUCCAGCACAGAGAAGGACAAGGAUGCCGCCUCUACACCUACUGUAUCAAAGGAUAUGACCUCCGAUGAGGCAAUCAAGGAAUCGGAGACGGUCAUUUCAAGACUCAAGGCUGAAGCAGCCAAGCGACUCAAGGACAUUCAAAAGGCCGAAGACGCAGCUGAUGAAGCUUUGUUGAAAUUUGGGGCUAACAUCCGCGACUUUCUCAAAGACGCUGUCAAAAUUGCGCCACCCACAGCCGGGAGUGAGGCCCAGGCAGGAAGCACUGUACUGUUCGAGAGCAAGGAUGCCAGCGGAAAGAGGGUCAUUCACACAAGCAGAUAUGAUGCUCAACUUCACGUCAUCCACACAACUGCCGACAGCUUCACAAAGGAUCCGGCAAGUGCCGAGUUCACCGCCUGGACUAAAGACUUCGAUUUGGACGGCAAGACUGAGGAUAUCAGUGCAGAUCUUGCAAAGUAUCCGGAGCUCAGAGCUACCAUGGAAAAGCUAGUCCCAAGCACAGUGCCCUACGCCGAUUUCUGGAAGAGGUACUAUUUCCUGAGACACAGUGUCGAGGCAGCUGAAGAGAGACGUAGGGAGUUGCUCAAGGCUGCCGAAGCAGAAGAGGAGGUUGGCUGGGAUGAGGACUCAGAGGAUGAGGCCGCACCCUCUACAAAGCCUCAGCGACCUGCAUCAGUCGAGUCCUCGACCACUAUCCAUCCUUCGAAACCUGCCGAUCAAGCCACACUUAAGCCUACCGAGCCCCGAAAGUCCCACGAUGAGAAGUCGCAGGCAGACAGUGAUACUAGUUAUGAUGUCGUUGGUGCUGCGUCCGGAGUUCCCAGUCAGGCACCUAGCAGCCCGAAAGAGGCUCGCAAGGUUGAUGAUAGCGACGAAGAGGACUGGGAGUAG